GAUGUUCCUCCCUCAGUCAGUCAGAAACAUGGCGAUACGGGAGCUAUCAUCGCUGGAGAAGUAUUUAGGACUGAAAAAGCCCAACAUGUACACCACACAAGGGGACAAAAAGGUCCCUGUGUUACAGAGCAAUAAUUUCUCUCCUCUCGUUGGACUAGUGACUGUAGCUUGUCAUCUGGUGAAGGAGGCCAAGCGCCCUGACCUGCUAGGGGACGGGGCAGAGGGCAGGGCAGUGGUGCAGCAGUGGUUAGAAUACAGGGUCACCAAACUGGAUGACUGCAGCAAAGAAGACAUCAGAACUAUCCUUAAGGAACUAAACGCCUACCUAGAAGACAAGGUUUACUUUGCGGGACACCAGAUCACCUUAGCUGAUAUCUUCAUGUACUAUGGAACACAUUCACUCAUCGUGGACAUGAGUAUCCAGGAGAGAGAGCAGUUUGUGAACGUGACGCGGUGGUUUGAUCACGUCCAGCAUGUCCGCGGGCUCAGACAUCACCUGUCCCUCGUCUCUGUACUCCGAAACAGGAUCUACACAAGCAGGCACCAUUAAGACUCAACCUGGGCACAACCAUGCAUCUUCUCAGCUCUUAGGUCCACACAAGCCAUGUCUGCAACUCAAAGUCAAGAGAUUUUUUUUGUUACACUUCAUAAUAGCGAGACCUUAAUUAGCCUUAAAAAAGCAUGAACAAAGAUACUAAACAAAUAGUUUAUUAAGAUUGAUUCAGGCUUUGUAUCUACUUAAGCAUACAUUAAAAACAUAGACCGUAUAUAAAUGGACAUAGCUAAUCCACCAACUGCUAUGUUCCAAAUGUAAGUGAGCUUGGGCAUGUUUCUGGCUCCAUCAACUCCAUAACUGCUCAUUUUGGUCUUAAAAUGUUUGGAUUAACCCACUCUACAUGAUCCUGUUUUUAUAAUCACUUCUUAUUCCUAAUAUGCUGCCCUACAAAGGCAAAAUACCUUAACUUGCCAGAGUGUGAAACUGAGAAAAAUGACUUCCAAAUUUCAAAGCCAUGGUUUCUCAUAUGGUUUUGAAUAUUACAGUUGUCAUAUUUUCUCGUUAAAACAAUCAAACAGGCCCGCAAUAUUUAUUCACAUGAUAAAGGAGGUCUCAAAAUAUCCCCAAAAUGACAUUAAUACAAUUUUUACCAAACAUGAUGUUACAGUGUUCUGCCUUUGUAGGGCAGUAUGAAUCUCUGCCCCAAAUUUGCCCCUAUAACUGGCAGCCUCAGUGAGCUUCAUCUGACUGGAGCCGAAUGCGGUCACACUCCCUUAGUCCACUUCUUUAUACAGUCUAUGAUUAAAAAUAAGAAAAAAUAAAAAUAGACUGACUGAAUAUAUACAAAAUGAUGGGCAGAACAAGAGUGUAAAACUUUGAUUGCAAAAAGAUUAUGGUUCAAGUAAGUUUAAAGUGACAGAUGUUAUAGAGGGUUUAUGAGCAAAGGGGAAGAAACUGUUCUUGGUGUGAGGGGAGUGGUUCAAAUAGUCUGUGUCCAGGGUGAGAAGGGUCAGCUGUGAUUUAUAUUAAACUAUUUGUUCAUUAUGAAUUAAGUCAUUCUUCAUGCUUUAUUAAGAAUAAUCAAGUGUCGUUAUUGUAAAGGAUUUUACAUUACAAUUUCCUUAUCCUGCCAUCCAUGAUUUUAGGUUCUUAUGUCUGUUAAGCAUUUCAUCACCCUUAGUACCUCAUGGCAAUAGUAUUUAAGGUACUUCAUGCACUAGGGAAUCCAUGUUAACCAUUACAGUGUCUCAAAGCCUAAUCAAAAGCUCAUUUUAAUCUACAAUGUCUUAUUUUUGAUGAAUUUAAUGUAACAUAUCAGAUGCCAAUGGAGCAUUAACACAGGGUGGAUUUUAAAAGUGUUUGGUUGAGGUUGAUAAUUUAUUCCAAACAAUAAAUAGCUCAACUUUUUUUUUUUUCACUGAAGUCAUUGAAUCUCAUUGAAAAUCUCAUUGGCAGUUAUUUAGUCUAGGGAAUAAAUUUAUUUAACAAAAUACAGAAUUAUCUCUUUAAAAUGUUCAGGUAUCUGUGUGUUUGUCUAAAUGGAUCAUGCUGCUAAUUCAAAUAAAAUGUGCUAAUAUUAA